AUGUCUUGCUCCAUGGAGUCCUACAGACCCUACGGGGUGACCUGCCCUCAGCCAAUUGCCGAGAGCUACAAUGAGCCAUGCGUGCAGCAGUGUCCCCCCUCCAGAGCUGUGAUCAUUCCUCCACCAGCAGUGGUGACAGUCCCAGGCCCUGUGCUCAGCUCCUUUCCUCAGGAGAGCAUUGUGGGAUCCUCGGGCCCAGCCACUCUGGGGGGCUCCUUCAGCUCCCGAAGCUCCCUGGGCUAUGGCGGCCCUUUUGGUUUUGGAGGGUCCCGAGGCUUUGGGGGCUCCUUUGGCCUGGGGGGUUUCCAGGGCUAUGGGGGCUCUCUGGGCUUGGGGGGCUAUGGCAACUCCCUGGGCUAUAGGGGCUCCUUUGGCCUGGGGGGCUAUGGUGGGUCCCUGGGCUACGGGAGCUCCUUUGGCCUGGGGGGCUACGGUGGGUCCCUGGGCUAUGGGAGCUGCCUAGGUUAUGGGGACGACUUGAGCUACGGGGGCUCCCUGGGCUAUGGGGGCCUGUAUGGCUCUAGUGGCUCUGGCAAUUUUGGCAGGUCCUACAGCUCUGGCCUCUCCUCCUGUGGCAUGGGCUAUUGCCUCCCUGGUACCAGGUGGAGAAGGUCCCGCCGCGGGAGCUGUGGGUCUUUCUAA